AUAUUUAUUUUAUUUGUGCAACUGCAAGGCACGCAAAUUAUUGUGGUUGAUUGGGAACCGAAUGUGCGAUGCCAAUAAAUAUUGAAUUACACCGGGUGGAUAAGAAGAUUUAAUGGAUUUUUAAUGAACGUUACUGCUUUCGGUGUUCAUGUUAAAUGAGCUCGUAAUAGCGCUCCAAAUUCACUCAUAAGUCUACAGAAUUUCGAAUAGAAAAUGCAACAAUGUUCUAAUUUGUUUCCCAAUAAAGAGGCAUUUAUUAUUUUCGCCCUUUAUAUAAUUCUCUUCGUGUUCCAAGGUGUGUUUGUAACAGCAUCAAAGACAGAAAAUGGUGGAUAUGACUACAACACAACACUUGUGGUUUUCCUAUCGGAACUCCUCAAAUUAUGUGCAUCAGCAUUUCUUUACACCUAUAGAAGAGACAAUAAACCGCAUAUAUUCCGAGCCAUCGCCAUAAACUACAAACUACUACUCCUGUACUUCAUACCAUCAUUGUUGUAUUGUUUCUACAACAAUUAUUAAUUUGUCAGACCCCACGUAUGUUCCGGGUAACUGUAUUAUAGGUAUGUUUAUUACUAAGGACUUGUUAAUAAUGAUGAAUGUUUUCUUUUUCAGUUCCUAUUCAAGAGAAAGCUAGCUUUCAUGCAAUGGAUCUCACUAGGCAUAUUAACCGUGGGAUGUAUGAUCAAGAACUUCGAUGCAGCUUCAAUACAAUCCAAAGGCGACUCGGAUCUCUGGUCACAGCUAUUCAACAUUUAUUUCGUAUCUAUUAAUUUCCAGAAUUUCUGCUCCUGUCUGGCCGGUACAUAUAACGAAUAUUUGUUAAAAACUAAAGGCUCGAAUGUCGACAUGUUCCUACAAAAUGUAUUUAUGUAUUUGGAUUCGGUUAUUUGCAAUUUCUUCAUUCUAAUGUUCAAAGGCGAAUUAGGCACGAUAUUCGAUGAUUUUGGUUCACUUGCUGAUACUUUUGUAGUACUUAUCACAGUAAAUAGCGCUGUGGUAGGUAUAGUUACUAGUUUCUUCUUAAAGAACUUAAACUCUAUUUUAAAAACAUACGCGAGCGCUUUGGAAUUGGUUAUAACGGCUGUAGUUUGCUAUAUACUAUUUAAUAUUGUGAUAACUGCUUUCACAGUGAUAUCAAUAUGUCUAGUCAGUAUUGCUGUCGCUAUGUAUUUUAAAAAUCCAGUUAGUAAUGUCAACAUGAAUUUAGCUGAUGGCAAAGAUAAGGAACCCCUUAUAGAAGUUACAACAAAUAACUGAAUCGAUAGAUUGUAGGUAGUCUAAUGACAUUCUGUAUUAUAAUUUCUUAUGAAUUUUCAUGAUUAUAAUAACUAAUAAAAAUAUACGUGUAUGCGUAUGCUGUAGUUUAAGGAACAAAAAUCUGGUGACGAUAAGCUGAAAUUGCCAAAUAUAGAUGCGACUCGGAACAACACAGAAACCCUUUUGGGUAUCAGCAAUAUAUUGUAGGGCAUUGGGCGUCAUGUGCUUUUCUGUGCUCGGAAGUUAGUGAUGAACCGCCAUUAAUUUUGGUGAGAACUGUACAUCAUUCCCCAUUCUGUGCUCGAUGUUACUAUGUAACUUUUUUGAGUGUAUCAUUGUUGAUUAUAUUCAUUAUAACAGCAAAUUAACAUCACACAGUUUAGAUGCCAUAUUUUAAUGUGGAUCAUUAUUUGGUCAUUAAAAGUAUUAAGUUAGUAUUAGUACCUGGCUACUAAGAUUUAUGGCUGUAAGCCAGAUUCUAUGCAUAAAAACCAAACAUUACCAAAUAUCUUUCAAAAUACUUAUUGUUGUUCAUGUAUUCCAUUAUCCACCUUAUGGAUAGACAAUUAUAAGGUUGAACAAAUGUUAUCCUUAUUUUCAUUCUGGAAUGCAACUAUGAUACUUAGCCGUGCUCAUAAAGACGCUUUCCUUCAUAUCACUAAGUCUCGAUGCAAAGUAUACUCUUAUUAUACUGUACAGCAAUUUUUUUCGCAUUUUAUAUACCAUAAAUAUAGGUUGGCCUCAAAGCAGUUUAUAAGUAUUUCAAUUUAUUUGAGUGUAUAAUUUAUUUUACAUGUUGUUAAUGAUAAAGGUGCAAAAUGUUUUAUUUUGUUAAUAAAGAUAAAUAGAAGUUUAAGAAAAGCUUAAAGCCAAGGGAUUUAAAGAUUUUUGUUAACCAUUAGAUAGCCAUAACAUUGAAUCUCGUAAUACAAAACGUUCUACUAGACAUAAUAGGUGCAAAUAUGUAUGUAAUGUAUGUAUCAGAUACUUUUGUUAUUAGAAUUCUCAGAGAAAUUCUAUGCUAAAUGUAAAUUCAAAAAACCAUGAAUGUUCUUGCGAUAAGACACAUCCGUUAAUUUUAAAUUACGGCUUACCAUAAAGCCAGUUGCGCAUAGAAGCCAGAAUAAUCAUGGCCAUAUCCAAAACAGAUUGAUUUAAAAACAUUUAAGUUGAUGGCUUUACAAUACUCAUUGAAGUGACAAUUAUUGAAAUUGAAUGUGAUUACAUAGGUAAUGAUUAUAGAUUUAUGAUUUGCUAGACAGUGGCAAAGAUGAACCUUAAAAUGCACGUUGUCUAUGUGUAUAAUCAAUAAAAUACUCUUUGACAUCUUUGGCUCUAUUCUGAAUUAUACUAAGUAAUACUGUUACAUACAGUUCUUCAAUUUAGCGAGCAAGUUUUCCACACCUACUUAGUACUAUUAUUGUCCCUAGAUACUUUUAUUGACAUUGAUGUAAGGGCAUUGUUACUCUUUGGAACUGCUUAUUAGUUUAUUUAUCUGCAUUUAAACCAUUAAGAUUACUAUUUUAUUAUAUUUGAAAUAUGAAGCAUCUAAUAACUUACGAUUAUUUUAUACAUCAAUCAGAAUCCCCUUGUCACAGAAUGUCAGCUAUUACCUCGACUAAGUUCUAGCUAAAUUAAGGGUUACGGCUGCCAACAUUUUGUAAUAAGUACAGUUACCGGCACGGAUAUUGGGCUCUCGGCGGAAGAGUGAGGAUCGCUUUGCGCACCCGUACGUAUAAGGCAAUAAGGCAGUAAAUCGCUUCUGCGCAGGUGAAGGUCAGGGCUCAAUAUCCGUGCCGAUAACUGUACUACUAUAUGGAAAUCAAAAGUGUUUUAUGUACCUACCUUUUUCUAAAAAAACCCAAAGAGCUGCUAAGUUUAAAUCUCAACUUCUAUGUCAAUGGUGAUUAAUGUACUCGAAAGGUUUCUAUAAUUAAGUUUUUCAUUGUAUUCUAAGGCUCUACACCACUCAUUAAGUACCUAAAUAAAUCAAAUCUAUUGUGCCACUUCUUUUUAUCAAGAUUAGCAGCAUCACAGUAAUCUACAAUAACUUAAGGUUAAGUAUGUAAUGUACAUAGUAAUUUUAAACUGUCAAACUGCAAUAAAAGCUUGAAGUUACAAAUGAAAUAAAAUACAAAUUUUA